UCUUUCUCCAGCUUUUUUUUCUAAUCUUGAACUUUUCAACUUCUUCUUUCUUCGCUGUGUGGAAGAAAUUCAUCAGCCAGCCAUGUCGAAUAUAGCACCUCAAGUGCUCAGGCAUGCCUCCCGGGCAUGCUCGCGGCGCCUGUCGCUGUCAGCUAGCUUGGUCAGACCAGCAUACAGUGCCAGGACAGUCACUGGUUCCAGUCCUGGUGGUAGGAGGUAUGUGUCAGGCUCGCAGAGGCACAAUGCCCAAGCCCAGACGACAGUUGAGUCUGCUGUCAAGACAGAGCAGAAGGCAUCGGUCCCAGGCACUGCUGUUACUGGCGAUGCCCUAGCCAAUCCGUCUGCUGGUAUCUUGAAACAGGCUACAAUCAUGGAUGAAGGAAAUCGACCGAUAUAUCUGGACAUGCAAGCCACAACCCCUACUGAUCCCCGAGUUCUUGAUGCGAUGCUACCGUUCCUCACCGGACUCUAUGGUAACCCUCACUCGAGAACCCAUGCCUACGGCUGGGAGACGGAGAAGGCAACCGAGCAGGCUCGGUCACACGUUGCCACUCUCAUCGGGGCGGAUCCAAAGGAAAUUAUUUUCACCAGCGGGGCUACUGAGAGCAACAACAUGAGCAUCAAGGGUGUGGCUCGGUUCUUUGGCCGGUCAGGCAAGAAGAAACACAUCAUCACCACUCAGACGGAACACAAGUGCGUUCUCGACAGUUGCCGACAUCUUCAGGACGAGGGCUUCGAGGUGACCUAUCUGCCGGUUCAGAGUAAUGGUUUGAUCAAAAUCGAAGAUCUCGAGGCUGCCAUUCGACCUGAAACGGCACUGGUUAGCAUCAUGACCGUUAACAACGAGAUUGGUGUCAUUCAGCCCAUGAAAGAGAUUGGGGCCCUUUGUCGGUCAAAGAAGGUCUUCUUCCAUACUGACGCUGCCCAAGCUGUUGGAAAGAUACCCGUUGACGUAAACGCGUGGAACGUUGACCUGAUGUCCGUUUCUGGCCACAAGUUGUAUGGACCCAAGGGAAUUGGAGCAUGCUACGUUCGACGUCGUCCUAGAGUUCGCAUCGACCCUCUCAUUACCGGCGGUGGCCAGGAGCGCGGAUUGCGUAGUGGAACUCUCGCUCCUCCCCUGGUCGUUGGAUUUGGUGAAGCCUGCCGGCUCGCCAAGGAAGAAAUGGAGUAUGACUCGAAGCGAAUCUCAGCUCUCUCCCAGCGACUUCUCACCAGUCUUCUUGCCCUUGAGCACACAACCCUCAACGGUGACCCUAACCGACAUUAUCCAGGUUGUGUAAAUGUAUCAUUUGCCUAUGUUGAGGGCGAAUCGCUCCUCAUGGCCCUCAAGGACAUUGCCUUGUCAUCUGGCAGUGCCUGCACUUCUGCCUCUCUUGAACCUAGCUACGUACUUCGUGCACUCGGAAACAGUGACGAAAGCGCCCACAGCAGUAUCCGAUUUGGCAUUGGUCGAUUCACCACCGAAAGCGAGAUCGACUAUGUGAUCAAGGCAGUUAAGGAGAGAGUCACAUUCCUCCGUGAGCUUAGCCCACUGUGGGAGCUUGUGCAAGAGGGUGUCGACUUGAACACCAUCGAAUGGAGCCAACAUUGAUACCAAACUAUCUUUAUGCUUUCGCUCUCCUACCUCACUGCCAUCGCCUUUCUCGUCCCAACUAACUUAGGUACUUCUACUAUCUCAACAAGCAUGCAUCUUGUUCCAAAUACCCAUGUGUAUAUUUCUUAACUAAUAUGGUGCUUGAUCCCGGAAAACAUUCUCACUGGUGAUCAGUUGCAGCAACCAACCCGCUUACAGUGGCUCCGGCCUUCUUACAUGUCAGUUCGGCCUCUUUAUGCUUCUCUUUUUGUUAUGGGACAUCCAUUGAAGUGGCAACUCUCCUGGCAAAAUAUGUACCAUAGCCCCUGGUGAUGAUAACUAUUCAAUCAAUCUUUUUUUUUUUUUUUU